AUGGUCAUUGGACACACACCAGCUCAGCUCGGCGAUGAUCCUAUCGUGCGGUUGCGGUUCGCGCCGCUCAUGCCCUCUGCAACCAGAGCUGCCAGGGUAGCCCUCAAAGAACGAGAGAAAAUCAGACCUCCAGACCCAGAAAAGCUCGGAGAGAAACUUGGACACAAGGAGGCUGUUGCGGGAUCUUCGAAGUUCAAGUACGACGAGAAUCGAUGGGCAAAGAUUCCCGAUCCGAGAACUGGAGUUCUGUCGGACGAUCCUUACAAGAAUCCGUACCCGUGGUUCGGAAGAGCCUUUGAUGUGCAAGCCAAGUGGAUCAAACAAGCUCGCGAUUUUCAGAGAAAAGUCAAUGAAAAGGCACUUCAAACCAAGAAUGAGAAGAUGAAGAAUAAGAUUCAAUGCGUCAAGGAUCGCGAAGCGAAACUGGUACAGAAGGAAACGACAGGAGCGAUUAUUCGUCAGGCUCCCGCUAGGAGACGUCCCGUCCAAGAAAAGACGAUGAAAGUGAAACAUGAGGCUCUUGCUGCCACUUGCAGUGGCCUGAUCAGUGCUGUUGGUGGCGAUGCCGAGGCAUCAAAGCUGUCAACGCAGGAGCCUCUUGUGAUCAUUGACGGCCCCGUUGCUCCUCCGAAAUACGUCGGAGGUUUCGUCAAACAGAAAGAGCCCGAGAGAUACAACAUGUACAGGGUAGACAAUCCUCUCGCUGCCGCAAAGAAUGUAGAUCCUGGAGAAAGGGCAAGGCGAGCAACAGCCUUCCUGCUGCUGAGCAAACCGAACAAUUCUUGGUCGAGGCAAAGGUCCCAAGAUCUGGCUACAGAGAUUGCAAUCGUUUUAGAGCUGGAAGAUUCGGGCGUUCAGAUCGAGAGAGUGCUCAAGGAGACUGGGCAAAGUUCAGCAGCGGACAGCAUCAAGAUACAAUUUUCCAUCGGUCGAUCCUGCGAGCAGGAUGGAUGCGUGGAAGAUUCCUUUCUGGAUCCAGAGUUCUUCUCGAAUCUUCUCCUCUCCUUUGUAUACGCGGUGAGAAGCAAGCACGGCGGAAUAAUGGCAGAAGAGAAAACCCGUUUCUCGAAUCUGGUAGUGCACAAGGCACAAGGACUGAUGGAAAUGAUUGAAGGAAUGCCACUCCUGUCGUGUGUUGUUGAUGUAGAGGUCAAGGAGACGAAGAGAAAAGAGAGGGAACGAUCGUUGGGCAAGUUUUCACAAGAUCAAGAGGAUACCAGAAGGAAGAUUGUGGAUUUGAUCGUCCAGCAUCAAGCGUACGAAGACGACACGCUGCUGAUUCUCCUCCUUCAAUUUGUUGGAUACUACGGAGGAGAUGACAUGGUGCUGCAAGUUUUGAUGAAAUGCGUCGAGGAGUUUGCCUUGGGCGACAGAUUUAUUCAAGUCUUUGAGAAGAUCUUUCUUCCUUUCGAACACGUUUCUCGAGGCGUGCGAUCGAAGGAGAAAGGCGGCAAGCAUUUCGAAAACUUCCUCAAUCAACUUCAUGCCCUCCAUGUGGAGUCAGAGGAGGCGUAUCCUCUUAGGACACAGGUGGAUGUGAGGGAGCACAUCAACACAUUUGUCGACUACCUGUCUCUGUAUCCCCUGGUCAAGAGCACCAAGUACGAGGAGAGCGUCUCGAGCUACCUCAGAUACGCCGAGAUUUCUCGAGUGGUCCAACAAGUCUCCAAGUUGGGAGAUGAGCUCAGUGGCAAAGAACUGGGCGAUGAGGAGAAAAUAUUCGAAGAGAACGUCAACAAGGUGAUUGUACUGAUUGACAAACAUUAUGGAGACUACGUUGAGGACGCGAAGUCUUACACGCGCUUGUUUCAUCUUGCCCUCCAGAAAAUGAUAGAGCGAUGGUCGCCAUCAGAGAGAGAAGACGUGGCUGCCAUCAUCCUGCUUGGCUUCGAGCUGUUCUUUGCAUCGGCAGCUGAAUCCUGUGACGAGGAAGAACUGACGAUCAUGACAAGAGAAUAUCUCAGCGAGAUGGGGCUGGAAGAUGAGAUGAUCAACCUUGCAUGCGGCGACAUCGCUUCUUUCUUCGUCGAUAGGAGACGAGUUGCUGCUUGA